AACUUACUUUCCUGUCAAUUUUCUGUAGUGUUCGUGUUUGUAUCGAUUGUUCUUGUAACAAGUUUAAACACUAUCUGAAGUUUAGACAUGCCUGUAGCAGAGGUAAAGUCCAGUUGGGCUGAUGAAGUAGAAGAGGAGGGAAGAGCAUUGCCCUCACCUUCAGAGACCUAUGAAAAUGGUUUUAAAGUUCUCACUGAAUACAAAUAUAAUCAAGAUAACAAAAAGGUCAAGGUUGUUCGUACAUAUAAGAUUGAAAGACGUGUAGUCUCAAAGACAAUUGCUGUUCGUAAAAAUUGGGCCAAAUUUGGAGACUCUGCAGAUGACAGACCUGGACCAAACCCUGCCACCACAGUUGGUGGUGAAGAUGUUUUCAUGCAAUUCAUUUCUAGUAAGGAAGAAGAGAAUAAGGUUGAAGAGGAUAGUCUUGACAAGUUGAAGAGUAUGGGAGACAAAGGUGUAGUUAAAUGCCGUAAUUGUAAUGGAGACCAUUGGACAACAAAGUGUCCUUAUAAAGACACAGUCCUUGCUGGAGGUAAAGUGCCAGAUGAUAAGAAACCCCUUAUUACUACUAGUGCCCCUGGUGCAAUGACAGAACUGAAACCUCAAGGUAGUAAAUACGUACCACCUGGUAUGCGUGAUGGAGGCAGCAAACGCGGAGAUCCUAUGCAAAUGCAAAGACGCGAUGAUACAACUGCUAUUCGUAUUUCCAAUUUAUCAGAGAGUACUACAGAUGGAGAUUUGGAUGAGCUUGUUAAGCCAUUUGGAUCUGUUCUUAAAUUUUAUCUUGCCAAAGAUAAACAGACCAAUCUUUGUAAAGGAUUUGCAUAUGUACAUUUCAAAUACAGAGUGGAAGCUGCAAAAGCUAUUGCUACACUCAAUGGUUAUGGUUAUGAUCAUCUUAUCUUGAAUGUAGAUUGGUCAAAACCACAGCAACAAAGUAACUAAUUUGUUAAACAAUUCAAUUUUGUUUACCUGGAUUGCAACAUGUAAAAAUAUAGGAGAUAUGCAACUAUUUAAUUGUGAC